CUGCCUAUACCACACGCGCUGGAAAUGGUGACUAGAUUCAUGAUCUGGUUCUCUAAGCUCAUUAUAGAUAUUGUGGCAUAUCCUUUUUACGUUGUCGGGUUGGGAGCUGUUAUGUUAAGCUAAACCGUGGAUUGAUUCCAUGAUGAAAUUUAAAAGUUAGUUGUAAAAGUUGGAACUUGAGUGCGUUAGAGUGGGUGAUUAGGCCGAGGUGUAAGGGGCGGAAAUAGGUUCCUGUACGACCAGCUGGGCGUAGAACAGAGAGCCAGCUGUGCUGGGCACCGGGAGCAAGCGUCGUGCGUGACUUCAGGGCGUUUAAUUCCGGUAAAUACACUUUUGGGAAAUGGCCUCUAAAUCUUGGCUGAAUUUUUUAAUCUUCCUCUGUGGAUCAGCAGUUGGAUUUGUUUUGUGUUCUCAGCUAUUUAGUAUUUUGUUGGGAGAACAGGGUGACACCCAACCUAAGAUUCUUCAUAAUGAUCCUCAUGCUAGGCAUUCAGAUGAUAAUGGACAGAAUCAUCUAGAAGGACAGAUGAACUUCAAUGCAGAUGUUAGCCAACAUAAAGAUGAGAACACUGACAUCGCUGAAAACCUCUAUCAGAAGGUUAAAAUUCUUUGCUGGGUUAUGACAGGACCUCAAAAUCUAGAGAAAAAGGCUAAACAUGUCAAAGCUACAUGGGCCCAGCGCUGUAAUAAAGUGUUGUUUAUGAGUUCAGAAGAAAACAAAGACUUCCCUGCUGUGGGAUUAGAAACCAGAGAAGGCAGAGACCAGCUAUACUGGAAAACAAUUAAAGCUUUUCAGUAUGUUCAUGAUCACUAUCUAGAAGAUGCUGAUUGGUUUAUGAAAGCCGAUGACGAUACAUAUGUUAUACUAGACAAUUUGAGAUGGCUUCUCUCAAAACACAGCCCUGAAGAACCCAUUUACUUUGGGAGAAGAUUUAAGCCCUAUGUUAAGCAGGGCUACAUGAGUGGAGGAGCAGGAUAUGUACUGAGCAAAGAAGCCUUGAAGAGAUUUGUUGAUGCGUUUAAAACAGAGAAAUGUACACAUAGUUCCUCUAUUGAAGAUUUAGCACUGGGAAGAUGCAUGGAAAUUAUAAAUGUAGAAGCAGGAGAUUCCAGAGAUACCAUUGGAAAAGAAACUUUUCAUCCCUUUGUACCAGAGCACCACUUAAUCAAGGGUUAUUUACCUAAAACAUUUUGGUAUUGGAAUUAUAACUAUUACCCUCCUGUAGAGGGUCCUGGUUGCUGUUCUGAUCUUGCAGUUUCUUUUCACUAUGUUGAUCCUACAACCAUGUAUGAGUUAGAAUACCUCGUUUAUCAUCUUCGUCCAUAUGGAUAUUUAUACAGAUAUCAACCUGCCUUACCUGAAAAUAUACGGAAGGAAAUAAGUCAAGCAUACAAAAAUGAAGAUCCAAAGUAAAAUUUGGGAAACCUUGAAAGAAAAGCAUAAAUGAACAGAGGUAAAAUGUCUGACAUUGCACUGAAGAAGAACUUCUGCAUUUCUGAUGUAGAACACUGGAAGCCCAGUGAAGAAUUCUAAAUGAACAUUCCGUAUUAGAAACCUUUCAUAUGAAUGCCUAUAAACUGAAGCUUUAAUAAGCUGUGAAGUCUGUUAAAAUGUGUUUUGAUACAGUAAUAUAUAUAUAUACAUAUGAAAAACUUGUGUUUUUAUAAUGUUGGUAAGGCAGAGGGGCUAAAAAGAUUUUGUUGCCUGUUUCUGACCACAUGUAUCAUUUUCACUGGGAAGCUAAAACUACACUGUACCAUAUUAAUAACACACACAUGAUGCUAAACAGAUCUGCCUUAAAAUUUUAGAAGGAAGUAUUGUUGUUCAGUGUUGUUUAUAAACUCAAGACAUGAGUUUAUAUUCACAGUAUGGUAUAAAUGAACCCCUCCUCUCUCAACACAUACCCGUGUGUAGUUUUGGCUAAUCUAAAUUUUGCUGUGACUAUUUAAAAUUGGCAAUAUUUCUUUCAGAAGAAGGUAGAAUAAGAAUGGCACUCAUCCCAAUGCGCAUUAAUAAACCACAUUUUGAAAUGAUCAUGGACCUUGAUUAUAAUAUAUGUAUAUACUUGGUUCUAAUUAAUAGUUAACCGUUUAUAGGCAUACCUCGUUUUAUUGCUUUAUGUGCUUCACAGAUGUUGUGCCUUUUACAAGGCAAGAAAAAAUUUUCUCUCCUCAAGAAAAAAAAAAGAUAACGACUCGCUUUAUUGCGACACUUGCUUUAUCGUGGUGGUCUGGAACUGAAACCGCAGUAUAUCUAAGGUACUAUGCUGAGUCGCCAUUGUCUCUUCUAAAUAUGUUUAACCAUUCUUGGAUACCAUUUUCAAUUAUUAAUAUUUACUCAAAGCUUUAAAGCAUUUGAUUAAAUAUUUUGUUCCCAUAUUUACCCAUUGUUAAUUAUGGGUAACUAAUAAAUAAUAACUUUAAUGCUGCUUGGGGAAUGUUUUUUGAUAUCACUGCCACUCAGGAAUUACUAAGCUACACUUUUAAUUGAUCAUUUAAAACUCUUUCCAACUACAUAAUUAUAGUUUUUUUCAUUCUUAUCCUGUUGAGAGAUAAGAACUUGUUUUGUGCCUUUCAUAACUUCUUUAAAGCAGUUUUAAAAUUCAUUUUUAGGAUCUAAGAUGGUUGUUAAUUACACUGGCAAAAUAAUUUGAAUGCAAGAUUUUGACCAGAGUUAAUUAAAAACAUUAGAAAAUGCACAAUGCUUAAACAAGCUGAAAUAUGUCAGGUAUUGAAAGACAAAAUACUUAUUUUAUGAAUAAUAUCUAAAUUUGAUGCUGACUUAUGUACAGGGUGGGGCAAAAGUAGGUAUACAGUUGUUUGUAUAGAAAAUAAUACAAUAAUUAAUAAAUAAUACAAGAAUAAAUGCUAUUUUGUCCCAUCCUCUAUUUGGGGAUGAUUGUAUUGCCAAUGGAUAGAUAAUUCCAGUUGAGCAGAAUACCCAUUCAAGACUGUCAUCAAAAACACAUUCAUGAAUAUUUUGUUCUUAUUUUAGUGACCCUCUAUUUAAAGAGUUUCUGGAAGGAAAAAAAAAUUAGUUUUUGUUAUCUUUAGCAUAUUACCUGAGUGUAUCAUAACAAUAUUUUACAGACUUUCUGUAAGAUUAUCAUAAAUGGUACAAAUGAUUUAUAUUUCUCUUAUGUUUAUCAUGCUAAUUUCACAUGGCUGUCACACCAUUGACUCUGCUGUUUAGCUAAAUAGUUUAUAUUUAUUGUGCCAAAACAUGUCAAAACUAUGACCUCUUUAGAAGGUAUAUUUGAGAGGAUGUUCAUCUUAGUGGCCAAUUAUGGAUACUAUGUCUAUGUAGUGAAAACUCACACCAAUUUUUACCUAUUAAAUUGUUUUUUAUUGUUUUCAUGAUGGUCAUCUGCCAAAAUUUUAAGGCAUUCAUUCUGUUCUUGAACAGCUCUUCACUUUGGUGUGGAUAUGAAUUUAUCUGAGUCCAUAUUUGCUACUUUUCUGUACUAGAAGUAUAAAUAGUUUAUUAUAAACAUCCAAAAACCUUAAAAUUUACUCAAAGGAAAUGAACAUUGUGAUAAAUCCUGGGGUCUUGAGUUAGACUACCUGGGUUUAAAUUCUUGCUUCAUCACUUACUAGUUUUGUAAUCUUGAGCAAUUUCCUUAAUCUCUCUGUGCCUCAAUUUCCUCAUCUGUAAAUUAGGGACAAUAACACUACCUACCUCACAGGAAUUUUAUGAGGAUUAAAUGAGUGAAUAUAUGUAUGGCUUUUAGAAUACUGUCUGGCCCAGAGUAUGAAGCAAUAAAUAUAAGGUUUUAGUCUGUUAACUUGGAGUGUAAAUAUUUGUUUCAAAUGAAUGAAAAAAUCUGCUUUAAUCAAAUCAGAUAUUGAAGGAAAUACUUUAUUCAUUUCUUAUAAGUAAUAGCUAGUUUUUAUCUGAUGCAUAUUAUAUGCCAAUUACUGUGCUUAGAUACUCUUUGUACAUUAGUGUUAAUCCUCACAAAUUGGAUGCUAUUCCCAUAUUAUGGAUGUGAAAACAGAGGCUCAGAGUUAAAGUACAUUUUCCACUGUCACAAAGCUAAUAAGUAAUAGCUGGGAUUUCUACUCAAAGCCUAUGUGUUCUUUGUACCAUAUCAGCCCAGAGGUUAGUCAUUUAGCAUUUUUUCCAUUUUUACUUACUGACAUGUGAUACAUUGGCCAAUAAUAGUAAAAUUAACCAACUUGUCAUGAUGCUUCUCAGAUUGUGGUUUUUAUACUCUUACCUGGGAGCUUGUUAAAACACCAGUUUCAAGACCCCAAGCCCAGAAAUUCUGAAUCUAGCAUGGGGCCCAGGACUAUUGUUCAUUCUUACUAGAUACCCUUAGACUGUGGUUCUCAAAGUGUGGUCUAAAUCUACAAUGUAUCAGUAUCAUUUGGGAAAUUGUUGGAAAUGCCAUCUCCUGGGCCUUGCUCAUACCUAUUGGAGCUAGAGUUAUGUUUAAACAAGCCCUCCAGGUGAGGCUUAUUCAUCCUAGUUUGAGAACCUGAUAAACUCUGUGUGAUUCUGAUGCAGGUGAUCCUUGGAACAUACUAAGGAUUAACUGCUGUGUAAGUAAAGUAUCUUUCAAAGAUUUUGAUAAGGCAUUUUAAAAAUAAGUGUAGUCCAAUAUUACACUAUAUUAAAUGUAAAAGACUUUAAAGCUGAUUUAAAGGGUCAGUGGAUCAUUUAUUUUGGCAAAAUUCUUUAGCUUCUUCAGAGUGACUAACAUCAGGACCCACACAGUAAAAUCUAUAAUUCUUUGAGUUUAGGAAUUUCACAUUAGUGCAGGAAAGGUUCAUUAAGUAGUACUAAUUCAUUAAAAACAUCCUAAAUGAGUGUCAUCCCAAAUGCCCACUAUUGUUAAUAAAAAUAUUUAAAUAGAGAUAGCAAAAUACUAUUUUACAAUAUGCAUAAUGGGUUGGGUUUUGGGGGUGUUUUUUUUUUGCUAAUUUUGACACUAUCAAAAUUUCAUUACUUUUAAGAAUCAGAUGACUGUCCUACAUGACCUUAUAAAGCAAAAAAUUCAAGUAUUUGAUAAAGUACAUAAAACCAGAUUUCAUGAUAAUACUGACUUAUAUUUUAAAUUAAGAUCUCUGUCAUUUGGAUAAAUGAUUUUAAUGUGGCCUCUCCAUAACAGUAUGCUUGUAUUUUCAAUUGGGAAGUUCAUAGAUGAUGCAAAGCAGAUUGUUGUCCCAGAGCUAAAUUAUUUGUUUUUAGAUACCUUAAAUUUCAGAGGAGCAUUUGUUACUAUAAGAAGAUUAGAAAAUAAAUCACUGACCAGUUUUGAAUAUUUUUUGAAAUAUGGUCAUUGGAUUUGGGCAUUUAAUUUGCUAACUGAUUAUUUUCAUAAUUGUUUUUGAGUGUUAAUUUUUCACUUCCUUGAGCCUAUCAAACUGCAGUGUCCCCAAAAAUGUAUACACACUUUUUUGGAAUUACUAAUUAUUACAUUUUUGGAGGACAUCCUAUAUAUUACCAGCUUGAAGAUUGAAAAAUCCCUCACUUGAUUGAUUCGAUAAAAUCUGUCCUUUUAUUCUCCAUUUAAAUUUUCAGUUUAGAGUAUUAUGUCUUUGACAGUUUCUGCUUCUUUGUAUUGAUUGCCCUUUCUUUAUUUUCUAAAACUAUUCUCCAUAUUCUAACUACUUCCCCCCCCCCCAACUACUCCUAAUACUGCCUUCACAAGGUUAAUUAGCUGUUAUUAGUGAUUAGAAUUUGUAUUGCUUAUUGAUAAUUUCAUACCUAUUAACUUUAAGUUUCCCUAUGAGUUUAGAAGUAGAAAUCUGUCUAAGAAUAAUGUCUGCUGGCUCUCAGAAUAUUGCCCUACUUAAAAGUCUACAAUUUUAAACUAAUUCUAGAUAUAUAAUUAUUAAAUGAAGUAAAGUUAUUUAUAUUCCACCUCCCCCCUUUCUCAAAACAAACCAAACAACUCAUUUGCCUGAUUUCUCUACUUUAUAGUAGGCCUGACAGAAACAUACUUAAUAAAUCUGGGGGAUAACCUGUGGUUUAAUUUAUGCUAAAUGUAACUUUUCUUUAAAAUUACUUAUGUUUAUAUAAUUACUUAUGUUGAAAUAGAAAUUUUAAUACAGAUUAGAGUAAGAAAUUUUACCAAUUCUCUAUAGAGAAACCAACCUAAAACUAGUGUUCUAUUUCAACUUCUUUACCUCUCUAGUUUUCAGUUUUUAUCAGUUCAGUUUAAAUAACUUUGCAGGGCCCUGCAAAUUAAUAAUUCAUAUAAGGUAUGUUAUUAGAGGGAAACUAAUCUUACUGCUAAGCAGUGUGCUAUAUUACACAGUGAAUGUUUGUGUUUUGGAAUUUAAAAACUAUGUAAGGUAAUAGUGUCAUGAAUGGUUUAACAAUGUCUGGUGACUUGCUUAUUUUAAGUGAUCACCGAUAAGUCAGAGAAAUGUAUUUUUAAAUAUGUUUUUUAAAGUGCCUUUUGAACAUUUUUAAAUAAUGGAUUUAAACAAUUGAGUAAAAUAAAUUACCAUGUUUAAAGCUG